AUGCGUGACAGCGGACCGUCGUGGCUAAUGGCUGCACAGACGGCGGGCUUCGACAAGCAUGCUCACCCUCCACCUUGGCUCAACAACACCCUGCUGCCCAUGCACAACACUGCCUUCUCUCCCUCUUCUCUCGAGUCCAGGGAGAACAGGCAGGCUGCCUCCUGCAUCCGCUUGGUUUGCGCGGCCGUGACGGCAAUGGCCAAGUUCACCUGGACGGCAGUGACCAAGUUCACCUGGACGGCAACCACGAAGCUCACCAUGACGGCAAUGACCAAACCUUGUCCAGCUCGAUCUUUUUCGUUGCUAGUCGACCGGCUAUUGGUGGUGUGCACUGUGCAGCGACGGUGA